CGCUUGGUCGAGCAGAAAGCAAACCAAUUACAAAAGGGUGAUGUGUUGGACAUGAUCAAAUUCGGCGCCAACUAUAUUUUCCGCACCAAGGACAGUGAUUUCAAGGAUGAAGAUAUAGAUAUUCUCCUGGCCCGUGGUGAACAACGAACCGCAGAAAUGAACGAAAAGCUUGCCAAACUGGGUGAAUCCAGCUUGCGUUCUUUGAAGUUUGACACACCCGAAGAGAACGGUCCAGCCACUUCAGCCUACUAUUUCGAGGGAGAAGAUUACCGUGAAAAACACCGUGGACCAGCUCUCGAGGGCUGGAUUGAGCCUCCGAAGCGCGAAAGAAAAGCAAACUAUGCUGUGGAUGCCUAUUUCCGGGAGGCCUUACGCGUCUCCGAACCCAAGGCACCAAAACCACCUCGCCCACCGAAGCAACCAAAUGUGCAGGACUUUCAGUUCUUCCCUCCUCGGCUGUUUGAACUUCUGGACAAAGAAAUCUAUGCUUUUCGAAAAAGUAUUGGUUACAAGGUCCCACGAAACCCAGACGCCGGACCGGACGCAGAACGAGAGCGAUUGGAGCAGCAACUCCGUAUCGAUGAGGCUGAACCACUCACAGAGGAAGAAGUAGCCGAAAAGGAAGAACUUCUAACUCAAGUAAACUAUAGUAGUUUUAUUGUCCCCCCUUGA